AUGGCGGGCAUGGGCGAUGGAUACGUGGGCACGGCGGCGGACGCGGUGCGGAUUCGGCGGCUGGAGAAGCAGCGCGAGGAGGAGCAGGCGAAGAUGGAGGAGUUGCGGAAGAAGUCGUCGCAGGGCCUGCAGGGGCUGCUGCAGUUCGGCACCGCCACCUCCGAGACGCUAGAGACGGCGUUCAAGAAGCAGACGGUGGGGCUCGUCACGCGCGAGCAGUUCGUUGAGAAGGUGCGCGGGGGAGGGGAGCAUGGGGGGCAUGGGGGGCAGGAAGGAAGCACGCAGGGGGCAUAG